UAAGUUCAAAGUACUUUACACGUCGUGUCCAGCAAUUUAUACUAGAUGAGUGAAGUAACUAAUAAAAAAGAAUAGUGACAUAUAAAGAAAUACUGAUAUAUAAAAGAAAUUUUUUUUACUUUUCUAAAUUGUGAAAUCCAAACUGAUUUUCUAAACAUGCACUCUCUCGCAAAAAAUAGUUUUUUAAUGAAAAAAAGCUUUCUUAAGUAUGGUUCUGCAAUAAAUAAUUUAAGGUCAAACAAAUUUUAUGCAACUAAAAGCAAUCAUGCUGCUAAAAAUAUUGUAUAUAUUGACGGUGUAAGAACACCAUUUUUGCAAUCUGGAACAAGUUAUAAAAACUUGAUGGCAUAUGAUUUAGCCAGACAGUCAUUAGUGGCCUUGCAAAAUAAAAUUAAAUUUCCUAAAGAAAUUAUUGAAUACAUUAUUUAUGGAACGGUAAUGCAAGAAGUGAGAACUUCAAAUAUCGCUAGGGAAGCAGCUUUAGCAGCAGGAUAUAGUGAUCGUACUCCUGCACAUACUGUAACUAUGGCAUGCAUCAGUAGUAAUCAAGCUCUUACAACUGGUAUGGGUUUAAUUGCAUGUGGUGUGUAUGAGGCAAUCAUUGCAGGUGGAGUAGAAUUCAUGUCGGAUAUACCAAUUAGACAUAAUAGACGCAUGAGAUCACUGAUGUUACAAGCUAAUAAGGCAAAAACAGUUGGACAAAAGUUACAGCUCCUUGCUAGCAUUCGACCAUCACAUUUUGUACCAGAUUUACCUGCAGUAGCAGAAUUUUCUAGUAAUGAAACAAUGGGACAUAGCGGUGACAGAUUAGCAGCUGCAUUUGGAAUUUCAAGAGAAGAACAAGAUGAAUAUGCUUUACGUUCACAUACUUUAGCUGCUAAAGCACAACAACAGGGAUAUCUUACAGAUAUAGUACCUUAUAAAGUUCCAAAUGAAAGUAGAGUAGUAGACAAAGACAACGGAAUUCGUGUUUCAACAUCUGAACAGUUAGCAAAAUUAAAACCAGCAUUUGUCAAACCAUAUGGAGGAGUUACCGCUGCUAAUUCAUCUUUUUUAACUGAUGGAGCAUCAGCGGCUUUGAUAAUGACAGAAGAAAAAGCUCUUCAACUUGGUCUUACUCCAAAAGCAUAUUUAAGAAAUUUUAUUUAUGUUUCCCAAGAUCCUGUUGAUCAGUUACUUUUAGGUCCAACCUACGCUAUACCACAGGUAUUGCAAAAAGCAAAAUUAAAUAUUAAGGAUAUUGGAGUAUGGGAAAUACAUGAAGCUUUUGCUGGACAAAUUUUAGCUAAUUUAAAAGCAUUAGAUUCUGAUUGGUUUGCACAAAAUUAUUUAGGAAGAUCUUCAAAAGUAGGAAUACCAGAUCUUAAUAAAUGGAAUGCAUGGGGUGGAUCGUUGUCAAUUGGUCAUCCAUUUGCAGCAACUGGUGUUCGAUUAGCUACACAUACUGCGAAUCGACUAAUUAAAGAAGAUCAACAAUUUGGAUUAAUUGCAGCUUGUGCAGCUGGAGGACAGGGUGUUGGUAUGAUCAUGGAAAGAUAUCCUGGUGCUAAAAUUUAAGCUAGUUUAAUGCAACAUGAAAAAGAGAAGGAAGCGAUUGUUCUGUUAAAUAUUCUCUGACUGCAUAAUCUAAAAUAGUUCUUAUAUCUUGACAUCCACAUAAUACACGAGCUUUUAAAGACUCAAAUUGA